GUAUUGUUUGAGCGAGGACACGAUUCUAUAGACCUUAAAACACACGAAGAAUAGCAUCAUAUACACCAUUUCCUACUUGGUUGUCAUUUGGAAAGGUGCAAUACUGUAACCAGCUCGCAGACAGAUACAUACACAUUAUCAUGUCGAAGCCAACAGAGAGCCAAUUGAAAGAGUUUAAGGAGGCGUUUGGUCUUUACGAUAGGGAUAAUGAUGGCUUCAUCACAACAGAUAUACUAGGAGAGGUCAUGAGGUCAUUGGGGUCAUGUCCGACGGAAGCGGAAGUGGAGGAGUCUAUCAACAUGGAGGACCCACAUGGUAAAGGUAAACUAGACUUCAACGUGUUUUCUCGGAUAAUGGCACAUCACAUCAGUCAGUCACAGGUGGAUCCUGAAGAAUUCCGAGAUGCCUUCAGAGUUUUUGAUAAAGAUGACACGGGAACACUUAGCGCAGCGGAGUUACGUCACGUGAUGACAAGCCUUGGUGAGAAGUUAACGGAUACUGAAGUAGAUGAGAUGAUACGAGAGGCGGAUGUAGGCAGUGACGGCAGGAUAAAUUAUGAAGAAUUCGUUCAAAUGAUAGCUCAGACACAACAGUGAAUCCAACAAGUUCAAUUAGAGAUAUAAACACCUUAGUCUUUCAGGAUAAAGAACAGUUACAGAGUCCUGAAUCUCGUCUUACUAUAACAAGUUGCGAUCGAUCCAGUUUGAUCGUAAGGCCUUCAACCAAUCGCAAACUUAGAAGCUUUCAUCUCUUCACUGCAGAGUUCUGGGCCCCGUCUUAUAAACAGUUAAUUUUUAUCGUAACUUAUUUGUGAUUGAUUUCAUUCACAACUAUGUAAAUUAGAGAUAGGAGACUGUAAACUUGCGAUUAGUUUGAGGACUUGCGAUUGAUGUGGAUCAAUCGUCCAGAAUUAUAUUAUGUUAAAUAUCUGUUAAUAAGACGAGAUUCUGAAUGGGAAACACAUUUUGGCUGCGUCUUUAAUAAGAGUGUGCAAUGAUAACAAACGCUUUAUAUUUCUCAUAGUGCUUUCUAGGAUUGAGUAAUUAGAGUAAAGGAAAUUCCAAGGAUAGUAAUAUUUCAAGAAUAAGUAUGCCAAAGUUCUCCAGGACACUAUUGAAAAUGAGCGACGACAUUUUCAUUUUGCCAUAUUCUUGCAGUAACAGACGACAAGAGAAUCCAUAGCUAGUGAGGUAUUUCUGAGCGAAUCGGCAUAGCGCCAUCUAUAGAAACGGACAGAUAGCUUUGUGAAUCAUUUUUCAUUAUUCAUUUUCCCAAACAUCCAUUAUGAUUUAGGCCGGGUUCAGUGGGAAUAUUCGAACAAUCAAUUCAAUGGAAGAUAUAUUUGCUCGAUACUUAUGUCAUAUCAUGAAGACAAACUAUGAAGUUUCGUUUUAUUCAUGUUUCUAAAUUCUUUUAAAUGAAAUGAAAUCUACGAAUCAAUCAAAAACAGCAAGAAUAACGUGAUUAUGCUUGUUGGAAUAAUUGUGUCUUUAAAAUAUGACAAUAUUUUGAUCUCAUAAUGUUACUUCAUCACUGAAUAUUGUCUUGAUUAAAAGUGUCUCUGUAUUAGUGAAAAACUUGAAAAACCUUUCAUCUGAAAUAUUGUUGAUAGCCAAACUAACUAGAAAAAUCAUUUAAAAAGCAAUCUAAUAACAAGAAAUGCAUUGUAUGUAUGCCUAUUGCCGCAGAGUGAUGACGUUUAUUGAAUGUGAAUUUAUAGCGAAUAUUAUUUAUGUAGUCAAUGUUAAUAAAAACACUGAAAAGGUCACACAA